UCACCCACCAAACCCUCCCCAGCACCCAUCAACAACGAAACCGAAAACUACACUACCGCCUUCCCCUCCCUCCCGCCAACCACACCCGCAACCCACGCCCACAUCAUCAACCUCCAAUCCCCGCCUCCAACACCAACCCUCCAAGACACCCUCGUUACAACCCUCUACCACACCUCCCCAGCAACGCUAUCCCACUUCCUCGACCCAACCGUACACACCUUCAAACAAGUACUCGGAAAAAGCGACAUAAAGCUUGUAAUUUGGCGCAAAGGCGUCGAAGUUUUUAUUGGCAUGUUUGAAAAUCAUACGCAACUAAAGACUUUUCGCUUCCUGCACCUUGCGGGUUUACUGGUCGGAUAUGAUGGGAGCUGGCGUGUUACGUGUGUGGCGGUGAAUGCGUAUUGUGCAACAAGGUGGAGCGAUGUUUGGGCUGGGAAGUUUGAGUGUAAAGGAGGUGUGGAUGUGAUGAGGGUUUAUAGGGAUGAUGGUGAGGAGGAGGAGGGGGUGGAGAGGGGGGUUAGGGAGAUGGCUGAGAAGGUGAUGGCGGGGAAGUUUUGGGAG